AUGAUGCUUUCAUCACUAUCACCAAACGAUUACGAGCUCCGAGGCACAGAGCGCAAACCGAUCGAUCCGCCGCCCAUUGUUCGGCUUCUCGUCAAUCCGAGAAAAGACCCAAACAGGACUUUUCUGCAAAACCCCUACCUGAUCCUGACCGCCAGGCUAAUCCCCAAGGGUGACGAUGAGCCAGACAGUGGGGGAGGGCCGAAGGAGAGCGAUUUGACAGGAACACUGGUCUCGUCCCUCUAUAGUCUCAAGGAUACCGACAACACCCAAGGCGGCUUCUUUGUCUUUGGCGAUCUCUCUGUUAGGAGAGUGGGAACAUACCGACUGCUCUUUAUGCUCUAUGAGCUAAGGUUGGCCGACAAAGAGUGCUGGUUGUUGUCACGCACAGUUUCCGAUCCAUUCAUCGUCUACGCAACCAAGAGCUUCCCCGGGCUGGCCGAGUCAACGUUUUUGACGCGCUCAUUCAGCGAUCAGGGCGUCCGCUUGCGCCUGCGUAAGGACUCGCGCAGCGUCUCAAGCAAGAAACGGAGCUUGGGAAUGGCAACGCAAGAUCAGAUGCGGCCGCCCCAGGGCAGCUAUGGCUACCUCCCUCAUGACACUAGCCAUGACUUGAGCAGCCCGAAUGGAAGCACACACCACCUCCGCCAGCUCGACAGGACCAGGAGCGCGAUUGGGUCCCAGAGCGGUUACUAUGGUGACUCGCCGCAGAUGCGGCCAGGAGAGUACGGGUCUGGCUCUUAUGGCUACAGCAGUUACGACGACAAGCCGACGAAGCGCGCCCGCCUGGAUGGUGCCCCCGAUGACAGCCCACACGGCUAUGAGAGCGACUAUCAUCCGUAUGCUCAAGCUGGUCCACGCACAGUUCCUGACCCGCUCACCUCGAUCUACCCCAUGUCCACCAGCUAUCCAGUCCCUGCGCAACCUGCUCUGGCUGGUCUGCCGAUGCCGAGUCCGUAUGGCUCUAUUCCACGUCUCGACACGCAGCACCUUCCUCCUCACUCACCAGCCGCGCCCACUUCGGCUACAUCGACCUUCUCUCCUGAACCCCGGAGAUCCCCGGUCACAUCAUAUCCCUAUGGCACACAACAUACUCCGACAGCGCCGCCGCCGCCUGCAAUGUUUGCCGCUCCUACCGCGCCUACCAGCCUGCCGUAUCAUGCGGCAAACCCGGCACCGCUUCCCCAUCCGAAUGGUUUGGGAAUUGCUCUGCCAGGGAUGGGUCUAGAAGCCGUAAAGGAUUAG